AUGUCAAAAAAGACAAAAACAACUAUUUCCUUGGAUGUUAAGUUGAAUUUAACACCACCAAAGCGAAAAAAAAAGCUCCAAAAGAGCAAAUGUAUCCUUAAAUGUAAACUUGAAAAGGAUGAACCCAGCAUCAGGUUUAGUAAAAAGUCGCGAGAAGUUGUUUAUCGAGCUGCACAGCUUCGGAAUGAUGACACUGUUAUUGCCAUCCUUGAUUCUUUUGGGGAAGAUCUACCUUCAGUUGAUUAUGGAUAUCACAGGAAGUGUUAUCAGAAAUACACCAAUAAGAGGCUUUUAGAAAAGUUGAAUGAGGAAGUCAUCGAGCCUGAGGAAACAGUUCAAACCGUUGAGCUUGAAGCAUCGACAUCGGCCGAGAGUAUCCUGCAGACUCCACGUACUUCGUCCAGAAAGAGAGGUCGUCAAGGUAUAAUUAUUGCGUUUUAUUCUAUAAAAUAUAGUGCUUUAUAGAGAUUUUGAGCACUGAUAAAAGUGAUAAUCUCGCAUGUGGGAUUAUUCAUGAUAAUUUCACAUAUGAAAAUUAUCGCUUUUCAAUUAUCGCUUUUCUGGAAAGAUUAUCGCUUUUCAAAGACUGUCCUUUAACCCAUUAAACGCCAGCGCUCUCCCCUUGACGUCUGGCGUUAGACAGAGUAAAAUGCUAAAGUAGGGUGCAUCAGGGUGCAAUGCGACUCAAUGGGUUGAUAUAAUAAACAGAAAAAUACAUGGGUGCUUGGAAAUACCAGAUUUAUUUCUCGUGUUGAACAUGAUAUAUCACUCGUUCGCUGCGCUCACUCGUGGGAUAUCAUGUUCAACACUCGAAAUAAAUCAGGUAUUUCCGCGCACUCAUGUAUUAUUCUCUAUAAAUAUCGUGUAUAUAUAGAGAAUAUUACAUGGUUGCGAGGAAAUAUGAAAUUUAUUUCGAGUAUUGAACAGGCCCGUAGCUGAGGGGGGCCUGGGGGGUGGGCAAUGCCCCCUCACUCGGUGGGGCAGUGCCCCCCCAGUGCCCCCCCUCCGAAAUUUGGUAUUAAAAAUUGAGAUAAAGGACGUGGAAACCAAUUGUAAUCAUGGGACAAAUUCUGUAAAUUUUGUGGUUAAUUUUGCGAUUUUUCGAAAAAUUUUGUUAGUUUUCUGAAAAAUUUUGUAUGUCCGGAAAAAAUUGGUAUGUCCGGAAAAAUUUUUUGACCCUUAAAGUGGUACACUGACCGAAAUUUUUUUGGCGACGGGGGGGGUGGGGGGUGGGUGGGAGGUCGCCAAAAUAAAUUAGGGAAAAAAAUUUUUCUCAUAUCAAACCCUCCGUUACAUUCUUUCUGCAGUGCCACCCCAGAAAUUGAGAGCCAGCUACGGGCUUGGUAUUGAACAGGGCGUCUCACAAGUGAGCGCGACAAAUUGUUGUGUGAAAAUGUACCUUAACAGUGAUAUCGUCGUCAUAUAGGUAAAAUUUUGGCUGAUCACGAGUGCUGCAUCUGUGGAACGAAAAAGACUGCGCGAACUGGGAGUGGAUAUGAGCCGUUGACAAAAUGCGUAACGGAAAAUGGCGCAGAAACAUUAAUGCAACAAGCAGAAAAAGAUGACGAGUAUCCUUCUUUACGUGCAGAAGUUGCUGGUGUCGAUUGGCAGACCAUAAUAGCAAGAGAAUACUACUAUCACAAAUCUUGUUACAAGAAACUUGCCAAGAAACGAGUACCAAACGCAGACGCAGAUAACGCGGACGCCGAUAACGCGGACGAAGAUCUAGUUUUUCAUGAAGUUACAAGGCACAUCGCAGAAAAAGUUAUAGAUGGCUGUGAAGUCGUACGGGUGAGUGAUAUUUCAAAGAUAUUUUCGGAGAUAGCAGAUCGAUUUUCUGGCGACAAGGAUAGCGUUGUUUUGAUGACGGCUCAGAAAUUAAAGGAGAAAAUUCAAAAUUAUUUUGGAGAGAGGGUAGGAUUCUGGCGUCCAUCGUACGGUAGCGAAUUGAUGUUUAAUAACAAUAUCGAGAAGGGAAAGUUGGUCGAAAUGACUGUGAGAGCAAAAUUGGCAAAUCAAAAAUGGGAAGACAAAACGCUUGAGGAGAAAACAACAGAAGUCGCGCGAGAAAUCCGAAAGGAGUUAUUAGAAAUUCCAAAUACUUAUAGCAGGUAAAAUGACGAUCUCAAAACAAGAAUACAAAUAUAUUCACCCUGAACCGUUUUACUGAUGAGAAAACUGGAGACAUUGUUUCCAAUCUUAUUUUCUGUUUUAUCUGUCAACUUCUCUGACAUGCAAAAAUCAUUCAUCCCGGCAAAUGUUUUCCCCUCUUAUUUAGGAUGAAUGCCGAAAAGGCUUAUUUCAAAUUUCAUAUCAACAUCUUGUUGUUUUUAGUUGGCCGCCAUCGGAAAAGGAAUUUUUAUCGAAUGAAACGCACAUUCCCAAUUUGACAACUCGUUUAUUGGAAGGAAUUCUUGUCAAGAAAACAGCAAAGUCGGCCAAAGUCUCGCGCUUAGUUUCUUCAACGGGGCAAGACCUUAUAUACCACACUAACAAUGGUCAAAAGCACACAUCAAAACACACCGCAUUUUCGUUUUUGAUUAAAAGGAAGACCGGCUCAAAGCAAGUUAUUGGUUGGACAAAUAAGUUUGGACAUGGAAUCUCUUAUAAUGAUGUUCUUCUUAUUGAAACGCACUUGGCGAUGGAGCACACUCAAGACCAACUCCAUAGAUCUUUUACUCCUUCAAUCAUUCAACCUUCGCAUUUCGUUACAUUCGUUUGGGAUAAUAACGAUAUUAAUCCUGAAAGUCUUAAAGGUUUUACACUGCAUUGCACCAACGGGAUUAUCAUACAAUCAUCAACAGCUCAUUUGAAUUCGACCGAGCAGCCAUCUUCCAAUACACGUAUAGCAACUACUGCGAAGAGGAAACCAAGGUCCUUCCAGCCAAUACAUAAUGAUAUCGCCCCCUACAUUCAAGUUAAACGAAAGUGUACGGAAGCUCCAACGGAUGUUGAUUUAAAUUUAUAUGAAGAAGAAGUUCAGUACUCCAGCCAGAUUGACACUCUUUGGAUUGUUGCAAAAAGUCAGUCGAGCAAACUCGGCAUCCAACAGCAAAUUCCCAAUUGGACUGGAUUUAAUUAUUUGGUAUGUGGCGAUGACUGCGACAAUUUCCACAAUAUUGGAUAUUUGCCGGCUAUUAACCAAUCUCCAACAUCGCAUGACACUGUUCUAGAACUCCUCUCGCAAUCUAAACUGAAAGCAGAGAAGCUUGGGUUGACGGAAACUGACGUUGUUCUGGACAUGGCCAUCUACGCCAAAGCUGUUGAAAUUAUCAUGAAUCCACGGUAUGUAGAUCUGAAGAAGUUCAUAGUCUUGCGUCUUGGAGCUUUCCACACCAUGUGCAUUUUUAUCGCUGUUAUUGGAAAACGAUUUGGUGAUGCUGGCCUUCGUGAUAUAAUUGUGGAAUCAACUCUUCUUGGAGAAAGCUCUGUUGAUCAAAUGUUCAGAGGGAAACACUACAAUAACGCCAUGAGAGUUCUGAAGUAUUUGUAUGAUGCAAUGAAGAGGCAUAUGAUUGAAAGCUUUGAGCAGUCUGUUCACAAUGGCCAUUUAGAGAGAAGUUAUAAAGAUUUUAUCGAGUCAGCAGGGCUUCAAAAGCUUAUUUCCUCGCCAUCUAAAGAAUCGCUGGAAACCUUUCGUGAUGAUCACCGGGAUGUGAUUAGCCAUAUCCACGCAUAUGAAAAUUCUCUUUUGGCUGGUUCCCUAGGUCCAACUGCAAGUGUUUGGUCAUCAUUUUUGCAAAUGGUACAAAUUCUGCUUGAUUUUGCCAGAUCGAUAAAACUCGGUGACUGGAAACUGCAUCUUCAAUCAACUGAGAACAUGUUGCCGUGGAUGUUUGCCUACGAUCGACCUAACUACGCUCGCUUUCUGACCUACUAUCUAGUUUCUAUGAAGAAAUUGCCAGAAACGCAUCCGCGCAUCCACCAACAGUUUGAAGCAGGGCAUUUCUCUGUUCGAAGACAACAAGGUAAAUUCAACAAAAUACCAUCGGAUCAAGCAAUUGAGCAGACUAUCAACAGGCAGCAGAAGUGUGCUGGUGGUAUUAUUGGUUUUAGCACGUCGGAAGGUACCGUGCAAAGAUGGGCUCUGACAAGCCAUGUUGCUGCUAAAUGCCAGUCUCAUGUGGAAGAAUUUCUUGGGAUGUCUGAUGAUAGAUGCGUGACGAAAGAUUUAGCUACGAAAAGGAUCUUAUACGACGAAGAAUGUGUUAUUCGAAGCUAUGACCUCGUCAAAGAGUGGGGAACACCAUUUAAAGAAAACAACCGAUUGAUACACCUUAGUUCUGGUUUGGAGAGCAGCGCGCAGGUAGAAAACGACAUGGUAAAUGCAGAAGCGAGAGGAAAGGAGGCAUUUGUAAAUUUUAUUGAGAAGCGCAUAGAGUCCAACGACGAAGAUUUGUACAUCGCAAUCCCCAAAAUGAAGUUAAAUACCUUUGCAUCAAUGAAGGCGAAGAAGUCAUGCUCCGUAAAAGAACGAAGUGUAACGCUGAAAGCUGAUAGAGAUAUCUUUGCACGAUUGUUGGUAAUAUGCGGAAAGCGAGAAAUUACGUUAAAGGAGGUACUUGCAUAUUCGUUAGGCCCUAUUCCUUGGUCGUUAGCCACAUUGGAUGGGAAUGUGUCGAAGACAGUCAAAUCAAAGUUGUUGGACGCCAUUGAAAACACAGUUGAUGAUCCAACCGUAGAUGCGCCUCCAAAUAAUUGUGUACGAGUGUUUGAUGGUAUGGUCAUCAUCCAACAAUUGGGCUCGUUAUGUUUGGCGACAUUUGGUGAAAUUUCUGAGUACGUGCUAAAAAGAAUUACGUCGCAUUCGUCGAAAGUGAUUUAUUUUGUCACCGACCAAUAUUAUGAUGAUUCUUUGAAAGGCUGCGAGCGAAAACGACGAGCAUCUGCUGGAAGUAUUCGCAUACAGUUAACCAGGCGAGAUCAGAAGCCGCCGAAACAAUUUAAAAAGUAUCUAAGUGAUGGUUGCAAUAAAGUGGAUCUUGUCAAGUUUUUCCUUGCAGACUGGUCGGAUCCUGAUCGUUUCAAAACCAUGAUAGCAAAUCGAAUUAUAUUGGUGACAGUGGCAAGCGUAGCAUAUCGGCUGCAAGUAACGUCCGAUAAAGUUACAUCAACACCAGAAGAAGCUUUACACUCCAAACAAGAAGAAGCAGAUACAAAGAUGUUUCUUAGUUGCCAACAUGCCGUUCAACAAUUCUCGUGCGAAAAUAUCUGCAUUUCCACGGUCGACAGCGAUGUUGGUGUUCUUGCUAUUUAUUAUAAAGAUCGACUCCAUUGUGACCUAUUUGUAGAAAUUGGUUCAAAAAGCAAGAAACGAAUUCUAUCGGUUUCCAAGAUUUUCGACAACAUUGGAAAAGAGAUGUCCGAUGUUCUUCCUGCAUUGCAUGCAAUAAGUGGCUGCGAUUUCACAAGUGCAUUUUAUGGAAUUGAAAAGCAAAAGAUGUACAAGAUCGCAAAGAGCUCUGAUAGUUUCAAGGAUGUCCUGUCGAAGAUGGGAGACA